CCCAUCUCUCACUCCCAUUUCGUUCAACCAAUCCAAAGGCUUUUUCACGCAGAAUCAAAAUGGAAGGCAAAAUUGCACAAGACAAAAUUACUGGCACCAAUGGAGUUUCCACCAUUCCUCUUCUUACUCCCUACAAAAUGGGCAACUUCAAUCUUUCUCAUAGAAUUGUGCUUGCACCAUUGACCAGACAGAGAUCUUACGGUAAUGUUCCUCAGCCACAUGCUAUCUUAUACUAUUCCCAGAGAACCUCCAAGGGGGGCCUUCUUAUAGCUGAAGCUACUGGAGUUUCUGACACUGCUCAAGGGUAUCCAGAAACACCGGGUAUUUGGACAAAAGAGCAGGUUCAGGCAUGGAAACCUAUCGUUGAUGCUGUUCAUGCCAAAGGUGGGAUCUUCUUCUGUCAGAUUUGGCAUGUGGGGAGGGUCUCAAAUACAAGUGAGUGCUUUUCCCAGACAUUAUAUAUCCAUUAAUUUGUCUCUGAACUAUAAUUUCGAUGAUUGGUAGUGGUGAGACUACUGCUUUUUUUUAGAUUUUACAUAAUUGGAAUUAGUCAAUGGUGGUGAGAUCUGCGUUUUUUUUUUUUUUAAUUAAUGUUGAUCCUUACUUGUUAAUGUAGUGAUAAAUCAAGCUUAGUUUUCAGAAGAAAGGCCUAGUAAAAGUUGAAUAGAUAGUAUUUUGCCAU